ACAACUAUUAUUCAAAUGGCUUGAAACCCUCAGCAAAUUAGGUUCACCUGGAAAUAAUUCUUUAGAAGAUGCUGAGAAACUUUUAUCUAGCUUGAAAGAGGAGGGUUUUGAAUGUCUAGGACCUUCAGGUUCAUCUCAUGAAGGCAGUGAUGUUGAACUAGAAAUACAAAAUUCAAUUCAGGCAUCAGUCAUAAAACUACUCUCUAAUGCUGAUGAUGUCACCAAAUCUGAUAUACGUAUUGCCUAUGGAUGCUAUGUGAUUGCUGUCCUUCAUGAAAUUCAUAAAGUUUUAAGUAAAGUGUCAUCUUUUGUUGAUGUAGAAAGCCAUAAAGAAUCGGUAGGAAAAACGGGCAAAAAUCCACUUCCAUCACCUGAUCUUAUAAGUGUCCAGCAGACGAAGAUUGUUGAGGAUGCCUUUCGACUUGUGAUUUACACACUUGUGUUGGGAUGCCUAAGUCAGGAGGCUUCUCAGUAUAUAAAAGUGAUGGUAGCUCGAAAAAAAUUUGUGGUUGGGCCAAAUCUUGUGACUGUCACACCAAGUUGUCGUCAUAGUUUGUUGGCUUCUUUGAUGAAAAUCAUCUUGAACUUCUUUGAGAAUACUUCACUUGCCACUCCACUGAGAGGUUCUUUGUUUCCUGAAACUUUAAGUGUAAUGUUAGAGCUUUGUUUUGCUCCGGGAAAGGUGAAGGACCACCCAGAAGACACAACAUACUUCAGAGAGCAGUUAGAAAAAAUCCUGUCUGCAAUGGAUGCUAAUCAAACACUUCAGCAUUUGUUGUUGCUCAAGGGUAUAGCAAAGAAUGGUGGUUGGCUGCAGAAAGUCUGUGGCUCAUUCAUUGUACGACGAUACAUGAUGCAGCCGAAUGGUGUUGCAGCUGUUAUUGGUGCUGGUCUUAUUAUUUGUGAUGGACAAGACUGGAAACGCUGUGAAGCUGUGGCUGCUCUGAUUUCCCAUGCCAAAUACCCAAACAUGGAUGAGUUUUAUUCUGCUGUUGGCCCACAGAUAUCAGCACUAAUGAUGGAACCCAGCCUUAAGCCUGAGACUUUAAGAGUAGUGAUGCUUGUUGUUUCUGAAUUGGCUCGGAGAUCAGCUACCCUAACAACCCUUCACGUAACAAAUGCUCUGCUACAGCCAUUAAUGGACACCACCAAUCAUGAUAAGACAAGGUAG